UUUAGGAUGCGGAUAUUUUCGUUUAACCAUAGAUAUUUAGUGUUCGUCGGGGCUGCACUUAAAUCGGUUUGUUGGAUUUCAGCCUCUCGUGUUGGGAAGUACUAAAAUCCUUUACCGUUGUAGGUAAUGCGAAUACAGGCAGACAGUUCUCUCUCGGGUGUGAUUUUGUGGACCAGUGGGUCUACCAAUUGAAUGCGAUUAAUGCCAGUUCAACAUUCUGUUUGUACACUUCCGUUGAAUCUACCAAGUGAAAAAUCAAGCUACGAGCUGGAUGCAAUGAAAAUAUCCGGUUUUUUAAGGAUAUGUGUAUCGAGUAAAAUAUGUAACAUGAUAAAGUGAAUGAAGGCUCCGCUCAAUUGUGAUGGCUUUUUCUAGUUGGUUCGUUAAGAGCAAUGAUAUCCUAUUAACUAAGUGCAGGUUGUUUACUAUAUAACACUACUACCAGCACGGCUACAAAUGUAGUAUAACAAUGGCUAAUUGCGGUGUUACUAAUUCGAAUUGUGAAUAGAAUUGACAUAAUGGUGAACCAAGUUGAAUGCAUUCCGCUAGUUUCAUUCGAAAUAAGCGCAUAGAUAUGAUUAAACUGCUGAGAUUGCUGUGUAAAUAUGUGGUGGCGUAAUACUAUUCUUAUUUUGUGCUACAUGACUUUAAAUUAUUCGACGCAAGGAUAUUUUUUAGAUAAUCAAAUGCACGGACCUGGGAGGCAUAGACGGAAAGAAGAUACUACCGAAUCACGUGGUGUACAUAAAAACCUUAUAAGUCCUUCUGAUAGUCAAUUUGUCACAAAGAACAACACUCGAGUGGUUAGUCAACGAGGAGGAUUAGCGAUACUACCUUGCACGGUCACAAUGACAUCACCAGCCACUGUGUCCUGGUUUCGAAGAAAGGACUUCCAACUGCUCACAGUUGGUCUGUCGACGUAUAGCAGUGAUGAUAGGUUCUUAGUGGAGCACACGAGGCAUUUAGGUAAUUGGGCACUGCGGAUAAAAAGCGCCCGGAAGGACGAUGAAGGAUUCUAUGAGUGCCAAAUUUCAACACAUCCGCCACAAUCGAUUUUCACUGAACUGAAAAUUGUUGAGGCGUUAGCUGAAAUUAUCGAGGCUCCUGAUCUACAUAUAAAUGAGGGGUCAACGCUGAAGCUGGAAUGUAAAUUGAAGCGAGCAACAGAAAGCCCGUUGUAUGUUUUCUGGUACCACGAGGACAGAAUGAUAAACUACGACGUUGAAGACGGAAUCUCGGUGACAACGGGAAAGCUGCCAUCAAGUGUUCUGACGGUGAGGAAUGCAACAAUGAGACAUGGAGGCAAUUACACUUGCGCCCCGGCUAACGCCCGUCAGUCUAGUGUCUACGUGCAUGUACUCAAAGGUGAAAAGCCUGCAGCUAUGCAGCAUCCGAACAAAAAUUCAAAGGCGGUCGUUUUGGUAAUAUCCUUUGAAGUGAUAAUGUGUAUACUUACGAGUUCAAUGUUGCUAAGGAAUUUUCUGGUUGUACGAAUGUUUUUUAUAUAAAAAUUUGAAAGUAAUAAAUGUAUAAAAGUGAUUUAAGCGAAGAAAAACAAA